CGCAUCACCUUCACGAAAUGGAAAGCGUUGUAAGAGUGUUCUUUGUGGCCUCCUUCCUCGGCAUCGUGGCAAUGGUGAAUGCUGGACGUGGACCAAUACAUAACGACCGCCGUGACACCUGCUCCAACAGCGCCACCCCCUGCUAUGACUAUGUGCUCACCUACAUUAUUGACGGAAGAACAGAAAAUUUAUUUCGCCAAAGCCGCAGCGAGAUUCUGGCUAUCCAUCGCUUGGCUGGAAAGUCUGAAGCAGACGCCAUUCAGGAGGGGAAAAUGGUGACCGCAUGGUUGAAGCGCCUAUUUUGUCUCAACGUCGUUACAUUUUUUCCGACAAAAUACGGUAUUGACUUUACUGAUGUAGAGGACAACGUGUACAUAGAUGGCACCAAGGCUGUUACAAGCCCUGACGGCUUCUUAACUUUCAGAACAUUCAUUGCGGACCCUGCUGCCAGAGCCCGGCUAGUGUCGGCCAGCAAACAACAUGAGGUGGAAUUCUUUAACGCUCCGAUAUCGAAUGUAGGCUGGAUAGUCAUGGUGAACAACGACUAUCAAGGCAGUGGUACCUUCAACAUGGUUUUACCAAAGGGAAGCACUAUUUUCUACGGUGAUUACAUCAUUCCCCUUUGUGAUAGCACUGGAAAGAAGAGCAAAACCCGACUGAGUAAAAACAACUUCUACUACGGCAGUCCUCCAUGCCGCAAUAUCUUCAACCAGUCAACACUGAAGAUUCACUACGAAAGUAAUACAUACUUUUCAAGUGUUGGCGUUAUUGAUUGUGUCGUCAAGGAAACGUCGUGGGGGACUGGCGUGGCACGAGGGGUGUUGUUUAUAGAAGCUGACAAUAAAGUCUCUGGUCGCAAUGUGUUAACUUUUCCUGCGUCACAGCCAUAAAUAAGGAAGUUCCACAUCUUCCGGCCUAGAACUUGAUUUAAUAAAUAUUGAAAAUGUAAUAAUUAGAAUACUGAAAUGGAAAUAAUUUGCAAUAGCCUUAAGGGUAUUGUAACCCUUUAUUUUACCCAGAUACCGCGAAUGAGGUUUUUCCAGUAUUUUGUUAUUCAAAA